AUGAGCGUAAAGGCUACCGAAGUCUGUCCUGUUGCCCUACGGAGCUCUUUAACGACCUAUGUCAAUUUCUGCUGGGGUCUUGGUCAACUCCUUGGAAUUGGAGUACUCCAGGCCAUGCUAAGUCGACCUGAUGAAUGGUCGUACCGAAUACCGUACGCAUUGCAAUGGAUUUGGCCUGUCCCUCUUGCCCUCGUGAUUUUAAUGGCGCCAGAAUCCCCGUGGUGGCUAGUGAGAAAAGGCAAGACGGAAGAAGCGAAACGCGCCCUCCUUCGUCUGACGAGUUUGAAUCGAGAGACUGGCUUUGACGCGGACGAGACGAUUUCCAUGAUUGUCCAUACCACAGCGUUAGAACAGAAAAUUACCAGUGGUGCCAGCUAUCUUGACUGUUUCAAGGGAGUCGACUUGCGCCGGACAGAAAUUGUUUGUAUGAUUUGGGCCAUCCAGAAUCUUAGUGGCAACUCGUUUUCAAACUACUCGACAUACUUCCUCGAACAAGCCGGUGUGUCGACCACUCACGCAUAUACCUUCGCCAUGGGACAAUAUGGAAUUAACAUGGUAGGCGUUUUGGGAGCGUGGUUUCUCAUGUCACGCGGCAUCGGCCGAAGGACCCUUUACAUUCUCGGCCUGGGUGGUCUUUGUAUUAUUCUCUUCAUAAUGGGUUUCCUUGGAUUCGUCCCUGAGGGCAACCGAGACCGAAGCUCGCUUGCCACUGGGUCUAUGAUGCUCAUUUGGGCCCUGAUCUACCAAGUCUCCGUCGGCACGGUCUGCUACUCUCUGGUGAGCGAGCUCUCGAGUCGGCGUCUACAAAUCAAGACCGUCGUAUUGGGAAGAAUUUUUUACAAUAUAGCGGCUAUCAUCUGUAACGUGUUGACCCCAUACAUGUUGAACCCUAGCGCGUGGAAUUGGGGUAACUUUGCGGGGUUUUUCUGGGGUGGUUCGUGCUUUUGUUGCGUCGUUUACACCUAUUUCCGUGUUCCUGAACCCCGCGGUCGGUCCUUUGCGGAAUUGGAUAUCCUCUUCGAGCGUGGCGUUAGUGCAAGGAAUUUCUCUGGAACUGUGGUAGAUGUCUUUGGAGAGAAGGAACAAACUGAAAAUCUCAAUGACUCUAGGAAAGGCCCAGUGGCACAUUUUAUUGAGCCACGAGACGAGAAGCGGACGCUGUUCUGA